AUGCACCUGGACGAGCCUACGGUGCUGUUGCCACCCUGGUUCGACCGGCCGAUGAAUGGCUUGGUGCAGACGCACGCAGCCCAUGGGCGGCGGCCAUCGAAACGAGAAGGUGGCGUGAGGGAAUGCAUUGAGGGUCGCUACAUGCAUGCAUCCACCACUGGCCGGGCAGCUCUGGGUCAGCGGACCGUCAAAGGACACGACUCCGCAAAGGACUUGCUCGGUUAUGGCGCUGAAGUUGCACCCAAAGGUCGUGAGCAGCACCCGCACCCACCACGGGCACCGCACGCGCCGCACGCGCCGCACGGGCCAAACCACGCGCCCGUGCACGCGGCGGCGCAUGUCGCGGUACAUCCCAAUGAGCAGCCGCCAUGGAUGCAGCCGCCCAAAAGAAAUCGCCACUGGGAUGCAGCCGCACUGCGAAUGGUAGCGGUGGUGCUCCAGUUAGCGAAUGGGAUGAUUGGGAUGAUUGGGAUAUGUCCAGCGGAAGUCGCAGUGGUGCCACCCUGGGCGCAGGACAGCUUCGCCAUGCCCUUCCCCAAACGGGAAGCUCGACGUCCAAGCUUAGACACAUGGCAGGCAUAUGGCUGCGGAGAUCCACCUGCUGAGGGGAGUAGAGCAAAAAAAGGGAACCUACCUGUGAAGGUCGAGAUCGAGCCGCUGCUUUCAAAUGUGAAACGCCCGCAGAAAGAACGCACCACGUGUCUUGGUUCGCUGCGUUUCUGCCUGGGUGAAAUUGACCUCCUGAGGUUGAUGUCAGACAUCAAAAUUUGGAUGCUGACCCAAAAAGACAAAUAUGCCAUCAUCGAUCCGUUCAUGGAGGGCGAAAUUGCCAACGAGACGUGGGGCUUCUUCGCGGUCUACGACGGCCACGGUGGGGCCUUAGCGGCGGAGCAUUGCGAAGCGGAGCUGCACAAGGUCUUGGCGCAAGAGUUGCGGAGCGCCAUGAAGGCCCGCCGGCCCAGCUCGCCUCUACGAGACGAGGCUGUGGCAGAAGCCAUGACGCGAAGCUUCCAGAAGGCCGACGAACAGCUCCGCACCGUGGGCGCCUGGCGCUACGGCUGCACCGCCACGGUGUGUCUGGUGCGGCGCAUGGUGCAGUCCGUGCGCAUCCACGUGGCGUGGACGUUGGUUGGACGUUGGGGACGUUGCUUCAGCGGUGGGGUCGAUGUAGGGGUGGCUCAACAACCGCAAUGGCCAUGUCACGUGGCUCAAGACCAACGCCACAUCGCGUUGCGCGACUGCGAUGAGUCGAUGUUCGGUCCAUGUUCCACGGACCCGGUCCGCCUGGCGCGUCCGGCGUGCGCAAGCUGGGCUUGGAGAACAAGCGUCUCCGAGGCGAACUGCCUGCCCCCGGACGGCCUGCGCCGUGCCUUGUCCAGCGUCUACUUCGCCAACGGACGUUUCAAAGCGGGUGACAUGGAAGAUGCCAGUGAAACCUUGGACGCCUUGCUGGGCAUUUUGCACGCUUGUCAUUUGGAGCAGCGUUCCCCCGCCAUACCUGCGCAGAUGUUGGAUCUUUCACAUGUCGAGAAAGCGAGCACCUUCGGAUGUCAUCCCCUGUGCUUUGCCCACGAUAUCUUUGGAAUCGAAUAUGUUGAUGUGCCACAUUGCACCUUCUGUGGAGCCACUGGAGAGCCGUCCAUGUCAAGCUCCUAUCUCUACACCACCUAUGCCAGUGAGCUGCUGGCCAUCGUGGGAAGCCGCUCGGGUUCCUGCGAAGAUGAGUUCACUACGGAUCCCAUAGGAGUCUUUCAAGACAUGUUGACCAAAGCGACCUCCAGAUUCUCGGGGCCUCCUGCGAGUCUUCCAGAUCUUCUGCGAGCACUUGGUCAAGGGCGUCAGCAGCCGUGCAUUGAUUGCAAAUCGUUCAAGAUCCAUGCAGAAAGAUGGCUAACGAGAAAGCCACGGAUCUUCACGAUCUCACUGGUUUGGCCCAACACCACACCCUUUUCGGAUGACAUUUGGCUAAUCCUCUGCAUGUUGAAACCCCGGCUGAAGAUGGAGCAGAUCUUCAAAGUUUCUCCACCUUCUGAUGACGUGUCCUACUGUUUUCAUGGGAUGAUCUGCUACAAAGCGAGCCAGCACUACGUGGCCGUCUUCUGGUGCCAAUCCACGAAGCGCUGGACCUUCUUCGACGAUCGCCUGGUUGAGGAGAAGGAGGACUGGCUGCAGGUGGCUAACUUCCUGUUGCAGGAUGGGUACAUGCCCACCUUGAUCUUCUACGAACGCCUGGACUCCGACGUCCCUCCGUCAUCGCUGGAAGAAUUGGAUCGACAGGUGCAGCAGUUACAGGUGGCCAAUGUGGGCGACUCUCGCGCCGUCUGCAUCGAUGGCUGCGGAGGGACUCAGCGCCUGUCCAUGGACCAUCGCCCCAGCGACCCGGCCGAAGCCCGCCGAGUGCGUGAAGAAGGCGGAUUCGUGACCAUGGGCCGUGUAGCAGGCGAGUUGGCGAUCAGCCGCGCCUUGGGUGAUCUCUUGCUGAAAAAUUCAGGCCUGAGCUGCAAACCCUCGGUGCGGGCGCACGACGCCAAGCGCGACCUGGCGCUCUGCGUGGCCAGCGAUGGCUUAUGGGACUUCGUGGAAGAGAAGGAGGUUGGGAAGGUUGUCCUGGAGUGCAGCAACUCGACCAUUGUAGGGGUUUCCUACAAUAGGGUACCCCAAAGUGGAUGGUUUAUAGGGGAACAUCCGAAAAUUUUCCAUGGAUGA